AUGGUACAUGUGUCCUUUUGUAAUCCAGGAACUGAAUACGUUAAUCAUCGCGAUCGCUCAAAAACUGACAAAACUGUGCCAUUAAAGUCUGCAGCAUCUGCUGAAACAUCUCUAGUAUCUAGUCUAUCUACGUCGGAAACUGAAGUGACAUCUACAUCGAACGUCCUACAACUUCGCCGUCUAUCUGAUGUUGAAUUGAGAAAUAUAAAAAUCUAUAGUAAUGCUGACAUAGAAAAAGGAAAAGGAAGUGAGAAAGAAUAUCGUCGCUUUUGGAACGAGGAAGUUAGAAAAAUGGCAAAGGACACUUCUAUUGGCAAAAAGGAAAUGUACAAGCAAGUUAACGAGCGCUGGAAACUUAAACGAUGUUCUCUUCUUGAAGCAGAAACAAAGAAUGUUCAAGAAUUGGAGAAAAUUAUUGCAGAAAAAGCAGAUGACUGGCAAGCCCCUAAGACUAUGAAGAAGGCAACUAUAUCGAAGAAUAUUGAAAGAGUACGGGAAGCAACUGAAAGCACCCAAAGUUUGCGAGAAACUGUUGGUUCUUUGUCGCAAACAUUGAAGCGGAAUCCAGACUUGGUUAAUCGAGCAGAAGUUGAAAGAAAUGUUAAAAGAGCGAAAACUUCACUGAUUUCUUCGAUGAGCGAACUUCGCAAAGCCCAAGAUACGCUACGAAAAAAUCUGGGUGCUAAAAAGUCGCAGUUAUCUGAAUAUCUGAAAUAA